AUGGUGUUUUAUCAGGUUUUAUAUAACCUUUUCAAUGGUUCAAUUCCAAGGUCAUUAUGCAGAAGAACAGAUUUGGAAGGGCUUGAUCUUUCAAGAAACAUGUUAAGUGGGAAAAUUCCCAACUGUGUGGGGAAUCUGCAGGGUUUGACUAUCAUGAGUAUAAGCUCAAAUCAGCUCUCUGGUGCCAUUCCUAGCUCAAUUGCUCUUAUUUCAUCAUUAUUUUGGUUAAAUUUGAACAAAAAUAACUUUACUGGGAAAAAACUUACAUCUUUGGUAGUUUUGAGUUUACACAAAAACAACUUCACUGGUAGAAUUCCUCCAUCUCUUUGCAAAAGUUCAAAUCUUCAAAUUUUGGAUCUUGCAUACAACAACUUAACCGGAACCAUCCCUCCGUGUGUAGGAAACUUAAAUAUCGAUGAUGAUAUGAAUGUGAUUCAGGUCAUGAAAGGUGUUGAUCUUGAAUAUACAACAACUUGGGAUAUGGUUUAUAACAUGGACCUUUCAAGCAAUAAACUUGUGGGAGAAAUACCGGUCGAGCUAACUGCACUUAACAUGUUGGUGGGUCUGAAUCUGUCUAAUAAUCAUCUGAGAGGGGGUAUUCCAGAGAGCAUUGGAAGUAUGAUGAAUUUGGAAACUCUUGAUUUCUCAAAAAACGAGUUGAGCGGGAGCAUCCCUCCAAGCAUGGCAGCUUUGACUUUUUUGAGCCAUUUGAAUUUGUCACACAACAACUUUUCAGGACAAAUUCCAACAGGAAAUCAACUGCAGACGCUUACUGAUCCAUCAAUAUAUGCUGGGAACAAAGGUCUAUGUGGACCUCCAUUGCCAAACACUUGCUCAAAUCAUCAAGAUUCAACAACAACAACAAGAAGCAAGAAGAAACACAAAGCAGCUGAUGAGAAGAUGAAGGUAUGGUUGUUUUAUGUGGAUAUAAUGAGUGGUUUUGGAACAGGGUUUUGGGGUGUUAUUGGAGUUCUGAUGUUCAAGAAGCAGUGGAGACACAAACUUUUCAUGUUUGCUGAGGAAACCAUGGAUAAGAUAUACAUUGCAGUUGUGGUAAGAGUUGCCAAGUUCAAGAGAGGAAGAGAAUAG